AUGAAACCCAUCAUUUUUGAAAUUGAUACUGAUCUAUUUGAAUUAGUUGAAAAAUAUGAAAGAAUGUUUACUUCAUUUGGAUUUAAAUUUGAGAAAUUAAGCUGGACCAAAAAUUCUGUUUAAGUCAGAUUGAACUCUCUUCCUUACAGUAAUGACACUUAAUUUGAGGAAAGUGAUUUUCACAAUCUAGUUACAGCUGUCAGAAACUACGAUGGAGAUGAUAGAGUAAAGCAAAAAUAUCAUACUGAUCAAUAGAUUUUUGAUUAUUUGAUGCCAAAGAAGAUUAUGCAAGUUUUGGCUUUAAGAGCUUGUCGAUCAUCUGUAAUGGUUGGUAUGAAGUUGGAAAAAAGAAGAUAAAGAGAAAUCGUAAGUGGCCUAUAUAAUUUAAAAGAUCCUUGGAUAUGUGCUCAUGGUAGACCAACAAUGAGGUACAUUAUGGACAUUAAAGACUUUAAGGACAAGUUACUAUACAAAAGUGGUUAUGAGACUCGGUAUGGGAGAAUGAGUCCUAAUCUCAUGCAGAUUAAGUAAUAUAGUUCUCCUAAGAAAAAGUAAUAAAUUGAGGUUUGA